UGGAAACAUGGGGGAGUGGUCUUUCACACAACAAGAACACGAUUCCUCGAGAGUCAGACUCUUUCACUUGGGGCCUUUCAUGUAAUUCGAAUUUAUUCCAUUUCUGUUAACCAUGCAGUCGUCAGUUCUUCGUCGGACCUUGCUCGGCAUUCUCAAAAAACCUGGCCCUACACUUUGCUGCAGCAGAAGGAAUAACACAAACUAUACCAUCGGUGGGCUCUGGGAACCAGAAUAUUUGGAGGCUAUGAAAUCUAAGGUUCCUCUGUACGACACACUCAACAUACAGAUGAAAGGCUAUGACUAUCCUCUCUUGGAGAGCUACCAGAAGUUUGUUCAUACUAUAGCAUCAAAUAUGGACAUAGAUGUAGAGGAAUGCUGGGCGACACCACCACAAAAUUUUAAAAUCAAUACCUUCAAGCCAAACAGUACAGUUUUGGAUAAAGAAUUUAAAUUGAGCUUGUACGAAAGAAAUGUUCAGAUUGUAGACAUGCCGACGACACUGUAUCCAAUCUUGCUUUCUGCUUUAUCGGCAUCGGUUCCUGAAGGCGUGACUGUGACUGUCCACGAACACGACCCUGAACACGAGGAAGUACGGUACAUCCCUGACUUAGAACUGAAAGAUCUCAAGGACCAACUCACUCUCAUGGGUGGUCCAAGGGUAGAAAAGAAAAAACGAAAGAAGUAAACUUUUGUUACUUAAUAAAAUAUUAAUUAACUCCAAUAAAAAAACGUCUGGAUUCAGUCUGUUAGCAAUUAUCGUAA